UAAGGCUGGAAAGUGACACGGGGGCUCCUCGUCUGCGCUCGCCCUCGCCCGCCGCGGAGCCGGGAUGCCGCGGAGGUGACCGCCGCGCCGCCGGGGCCGCUCUCGAGGGACGGCGCCUUCCCCGCCGGGACUGCGGGAGGGGCGCCGGGGGUCUUGCCUCUUUUUCGCCCCCUUUUUUCCCCUUUUCUUCCUCGGGCGGCGCGUGUAUUCGCUCCCGCGGCCGAGCAUGGAGAAGUACGAGGAGGACGUGGCCCUGAAAGCCAGCAAGUUCCUGGAGGACCUGUCCCUCUACGAGCCGUGCCCGGAGGGCGCGUACGGCCGGGGCGGCCGCCGCGACCUGCCGCUGCACCCCGACCUGGAGGAGACCAAGCGGGUCAUCGCGGCCCACAUGACGGCGGAGCAGCGGGGCCGGAAGACCAACGGCGCCGCGCCGCCCGCCGACGCCUUCCCCGGCGGCAAAGCCUACGCGCCCGCCGCCCCGCUCCGCGCCGCCGCCGAGCCGCCGCCGGCCGCGGGGCCGCCGUGCUGCGACGAGGGGCUCUGCACCCGCUCCGAGGUGGCGCUGCCCUGCUACAGCGGCUUCGCCGACAAGGGCAAGCGCUACUCGGCCGAGGGCUACCGCUGCGGCGCCUACGAGCCCGGCUACGUGGCCAAGGGCGGCGGGCGGGCGCCCGACGGCAAGUACGGCGCCGCCAGCCCGCGGGCCAGCCUGGCGGCCGCCGCCUCGCCCGGCCCCGAGCACGGCAAGUUCUCCAGCCCCCGCUCCAGCCUGGGCGGCGCGGCCGCGCUGCCCUACGACAAGUUCUCCAGCCCCCGCGCCAGCCUGGUGGUGCCCGGCCAGGACAAGUACGGCAGCCCCCGCGCCAGCCUGGUGCAGUACGACGGCGCCGCCCUGAGCCCCCGCUCCAGCUACGCCAGCACGGCCAGCGACACCAGCAAGCACUCCAGCCCCCGCGCCAGCCUCACCAGCUACGACGGCGGCAGCAAGCCCAGCAGCAACCGCACCAGCGGCAUCAGCAUGGGCUACGACCAGCGGCACGCCAGCCCCCGCUCCAGCACGGCCAGCCAGUACUCCGGCACCACCAGCCCCCGCUCCAGCUACUCGGACUCCAGGUACGGCCCGCCGGGCAGCGCCGAGCCGGACGCGGCGGGCGCCGCCGGGCUCUCCGUGGCCAGCCCCCGCUCCAGCGUGUGCGGCGCCGAGGGCCCCGGCGCCGGGCGCGGCGCCGCCGUGGUCAGCCCCCGCUCCAGCAUCUCCAGCCAGAGCUCGCGCAGCUCGCGGGGCUCCAUGAGCGCCUACCCCGAGCUGCAGCUGCCCUCGCCCCGCGCCUCCCUGCUGGGGCCGAGCCUGCAGGAAGACGGCGCCGCGCCGGAGCCGGCGGACGUGUACCACAAAAUCCGUGCCCAGUCCCCGCCGCGGCGCGACCAGCAGCACCCGGCCGCGCCGGCCCCCGACGCGGCUCCCCCCUACACCUACAGCCCGACCAAAGGCUCCGCUUCGGCUCCAAAAUUCAAGCUUCCCUACCAGGUGACCCCGUGCCGGGAGAGCGGCCCCAGCCAGGCGGAGCGGCGGCUGGAAGCGCUGACGCUGGAGCUGGAGAAGGAGCUGGAGAUGCACAUGAAGAAGGAGUACUUCGGUAUCUGUAUAAAAUGUGGAAAAGGUGUGUAUGGAGCGAGCCAGGCUUGCCAAGCAAUGGGUAACCUCUAUCAUACCAACUGCUUCACAUGCUGCUCUUGUGGGAGAAGACUACGAGGAAAAGCAUUCUACAAUGUCAAUGGUAAAGUGUACUGUGAAGAAGACUUCCUAUAUUCAGGUUUUCAGCAAACAGCAGACAAGUGCUUUGUUUGUGGACACCUCAUAAUGGAAAUGAUAUUACAGGCCCUUGGAAAGUCAUACCAUCCUGGCUGCUUCCGCUGUGUGGUAUGUAACGAAUGUUUGGAUGGAGUCCCCUUCACUGUAGAUGUGGAGAACAAUAUUUACUGUGUCAAAGACUAUCACACGGUUUUUGCACCAAAAUGUGCUUCCUGUAACCAGCCGAUUCUACCAGCACAGGGCUCCGAGGAGACCAUUCGAGUGGUAUCAAUGGACAAAGACUACCACGUGGAAUGCUAUCACUGCGAGGAUUGUGGUUUGCAGCUCAACGAUGAAGAAGGCCAUCGCUGUUACCCAUUAGAGGGCCACUUGCUCUGCCACGGCUGUCACAUUAGGCGCCUUAAUAUUAAAUUGCCAUCACAUCCACCUCCGAGCUAUCCAAUGCAUGUCACAGAACUCUGAAAGACAUUUUCCGUUACAAUAAGCCGUACAAAAGAGAAGACAGAAAAAUCUAAAAAUGACUUUCGUGUUCUCUUAAAGAUGAGAUUCCUGUAAUAACCAUCUAAACCAGCUAUUUAUUUUUUAAAUCAGAGGUGAGGGGUCCUUUCUGAUCUUGUACAUAUGCAUUCUUUUAUCUAGACAUUUUCACUGAGAUACUGUCUACUUGAACAAAUAAUGCACCACUAAACUGUAACUGUAAAUGGCAGCAUUUCUAAAAACAGUGGUACAAAGGGCUGUUCUGCACUUCCUCUAUUCACUUUCCUUCAGUGGAGGUUUUGCCCAAGUAAGGAGUGUGGAAUUACUACCCAAAAGUUAGCACCUUAUCAUAUCGCAGCAAGCACGAUAAGAUAAAUGCUAGCAUUUUAGCUAGUUUCAUUGCAUUCUGGUCUUAGAGAAUACAGUCUAAUGUUUUUAAAAACUUAGAUUCCCAGAAGUAGUGAAUAGGAAAGCAAAUGAGUAUUUUUAGUAAUGACAAUUUUCAGCAUGAGUUAAAUAAUGGCAUUCUGUGAAGACGCUUCAGGCCAGCUUUCCAUCCUGCUUGGUUCCACAGUCAUCCAAAGACUAUAGCUUGUUAAAGAAAUAUGGUAAGCAUCUCAUAUAGAAACCACAUAAUAGAAGAAUAUAUCCAUUUGAAGAAUUAAAAGAUUGGUACAUGCAGGGUUGUAACAACUGAAGAAAGUUAUAGAGCUCUGUAAUUACCUGCCGUGUACAAGAGUAGCCAUGGUUUCAAAACACAUUCAUAUUGACUUGAUGAUUUGGCACUUACUAAAAAAUUCAAUUUUUUAAACCUUUUUUUUGUUAAUAGGGUUAGCAGCCCCUUUGGCUAUGCAAAGUUACACUUAUCUUUAUGCUACUUGUUUUAUACAAGACUUCAUUUGUUACCAACUGCUUUACAAUUGUAUGUUGAAACAUUAUAAAGAAAGGGCAGGGGGCAGUGGUUUUGUAUUAUCUUUGCAGCUUUGUGUUCUUUUCUAGAUGUACUUUUGAACUGAUUACGGUGAUUGUCUUCAUUUGAAAACAAAGUACAAUUUAGGAGAAAAAAUAAUUUAGAAAGUCAGACAAUUGAAACUGGUAUUUUAUAACAAGUAUUAGAUGUACAUAGAAUGUACACACUUUCAUAUUUUGCAUAAGCUUUUACAGUAACCUCAGAGCUCUGGGGAAAUAUGUGUCUUCCAUAUAGGAAGUUAGAUGAAUCUUUUUUUAUGGUUUGUUUUCUACCAUGUGUUGAUGAUUUACAUGCAAAUCACACAUCUGUAUGUUUAAAAAAUUCCAUGCAUUCUCAUGAGAAUUGAUCCAGCCUUCCUGAAUUUAUAUUUUAAAUAAAUCCAUCAUUGCUGUCUUUAACUGUUUCCAAAAUUACAAUAAAAUAAAAUUCUUCUGCUCUAGAGGAAGUGGAAAUACGAGACCAGAUUCUCAGCAUGUGUAAAUUGAGACAGUUCCAUGCCAGUUCACAACAAGUCGAGAAUCUGACGAAUCAGUUCUGAAAUGAUCACGUGUUAAAUUCAGCACACAGACUGAUGAAAUGACUUAUUUGGCAACACCAUUGCCAUUUAGUUUCUUAUGCUCCAUUGAUUUUUUGAAAGCCAUUUGUGGUGUUGAAAGUACAAAGGGCAUCCAGUAGGCACUAAUUCUUAAGUGGAAGAGUUAACUCCCUUAACAGAACUUUCUGAUCAUCUGGAAUUUCUUUUGGGGGGGCAAGGGGAGGGACAGGAAAAAAUGCUGUUAAAUAUUUUUUUUUCUAUUAGGAAGAUACAAAAGGUAUGUUUCCUGAACUUUUGCCAAACUACUUUUGGCCUAGAUUAACCUGUCCUUCUGAAUGCUCCUUGGCAAGUCACAUGCUCCUUUAAGCAGUCAUUUUGUAAUUAAUAUAUAUCAGUUUAUAAUUAAUAUGUUUAAUGCAAGAGCCAUGUUUUGAAAGAGUUACAAUGCAGCUAGUGUCCUGUUCCUGCAGUGCAACUAAGAGGCCUGGCCUGCAGGAGGGUGAGCACUGGGUGCCUGCACAUUUUCUCUGCAUUUGCAAACAUUAUCUCUGUGUCCACGGUCACCAGACCAGCCUCAGAAGGAGGCUAAAAGUGCAUGUGAGCCUCACUUGCCCAAACAGCAAAUUCCAGAACAGGAAAAAAUUGUCUUGAAUUGGACUAUAGGGCUAGGUCAAUUCCUUAAGGUUAUUACAUAAAAAUAUCAAAUAGAAGGUGUCAGAGUUUCAAGAUAAACUUUUAGCAUCAGCUACAAUGUAAUAUUUUUUCCAUUUAAGGAAGCUGCUUUGGACCACAUUUAGCUUUGAGGCAUUUUUACUUGCUUGUCUUCACAAUAUAUUUUAAGGAAACCAAAUUAAAAAAAACAAUGGUUAAAAGACACAGAGAAGGUUUGGGUCUGUUCCUGUGAGCAAGUCAUCCCAUAACAGUACUUGCUCUUGAAAAAUGCUUUGCUCAGCCAGCAUGGAGGCAAAACCUCUGGAGUCAUAGAGCCAGAGGUGAAAGACAGUGUACUCUGGCAUUCAGACCAGUCUUCUGUCACUAUCUUCCUUAGCACUUUGCCUCCUUCAGGGGCAAGUUUAAAUUUCCACGCCAGCAUUACUUUUCAGGGGACAGCACAGUAUCUAACAUGUACAUACAAUACUUUUUUUUUUUUUUUUUUUGAAAAUGAUCAUACUUUAGAACAGAAUAAUAUUUAAUUUCACACGUUAAUUUGUCCGUCUUUCUUAUAGUUCUACUCAGUUCCAAUGUGUUAAGUAUCAUCACAGGAAAAUAUUGAAAGUUAAUUAUUCAAUAUAGAAUAAGCAAUUUGUUUAAAACCAGAAAGCAGCAGUUGGUCUUCCAGUAUUUUUCUACAGACAGGUGCAUUCUGUUACUGUAUAAUGAAGUACAGCUUUGCUUUUCCAGCAUUUAAUAUAAAAACUGGUGCUUGAGUGAAAUUUGCCAGUUUUUAAUCAAGGAACAGAAAAAAAUAAACAAAUUAAAAUAAUGGUGUGCUGUACUGUUUAGUGCUAGUGGGAGUUUCUGUACAUUUUACCUCCUGUCUGGAGAAUUAUGUAAAUGAGAAAGCUUCUUUUAAUGGUUUUCUUAAGGCAUAUUCUUAUAUUAAAUCAGUUCAACACAGAUGUAAACUUUCUAGAGUUCAUUUUAUGAUGUGAUUAGUCAGCAGAAGCCUUGUCUGUGUCCUGAAGUUUCAGCAUAUUUCCAUAAAGUUACAACAGCAACAACUUGUUCUCAUCUGCAUCAUGAAUACACCCUUCCAUUUUGGUAAGGCAUUCUUAAAAAAAAAUCCCUAGAGGACGUAGCUGUUUUAGGAGAUGUAGAGUCCCUAGUGCACUGGAGAAUGAGUUCCAAAGCGAGGACCAAAAUAAUAAUUUGAAAACAAAAGAACACAUUCAGAUAAUUGGGUGUUCAAAAAGGGGUUGUUUGGGUUUCUUUUCUUUUCCUUUCACUUGUGCGCACGUGUGUGUAUGUGUAUAUAUUUUGUAAGGUGGCGCUGCAAAAAGGAAAGCAUGACUAGAGGAGCUCUUUAAGACCAGAAAUUCCAGAGUAGUUAAGUAAACCAAAGCUCUAAAGGAGACAAAAGCUGCUUUCUUGUGUUUCAAGAAAAGUUUAAAAGUUUGUGAUUCAUCCUGUAACUAAUGCCGUAACUAGAGUAUAUAAUUUGACUUAAAUUAAGUUUUCAUUUGAGAAAUAUUUUCAUUUUCUUUAAAAGAAUAUAGUUUUCUUCCAAGAACUUGGACCAACGUUGAUUUUUAUUUUGUAGGAAAUAUAUAAAUUCCCAGUUUGUAUAUCAUGUAACUAGUUUACAUGUUGCAAAUAUACAUUAGUUUAACUAUUUUUGUAUAUAUCCUUGUAAAACCUCUCAAUGUGCUUCUGUCAUUUAGUCUUUAGAAUUACUUGUGAUUUUUGUGUUUCAGUGUUUGAUUCCCUUGAUUGUUGAAGAAAAAAAUUGGGAAAUGUAGAUUUAUUUAUCUAAAGAAGAAGCUACUUGCUAUCAUCCUAAGUUAUUUAAUAUUAAAAGUCAGAAGUUUCAUUUAACCUUAGAUGCUAUAAUCUGCUUUUUUUCAAUAAAGACAUUUUGUAGUUA